CUGCCCUUCACUUGCCAGAUUACUGCCCUUCUUUUUCCGCUUUUGAUACCCCCUUGUUCUAUAGUUAUACCCCUCUACUAGCGAUUCCUUACAGGCGCUAUUCGUGCAGCCCUCGCUUACGCUCCUUCCCCUCGCGCACUCGCUAGGCUCCAGGCCUACCACAGGACGCAUAGAACGAUUUGUGCUGGGUUCCGCACCAUGCCGAUUUUCGUUUCAUUCGUGAUGGGUCCGAAGGACGCUUAUUUCUUCAAUAGUCCUACACAUUGGGCCUGGCGCAACCUUCCUCCAGAUGUUGAAGCCCUCUUCACAAAACAGCCACCUAUUAAAGACGUUGUCGAGUUCGCACUGGGUGAGAACGGCACGUACUUUGUGAGCUAUCGAGAUCACGACGGAGAGGUAUACUGUCGCCACUACAACUUACCCAAUCCCCUAACAGAGUAUCUGUACUGUGGACACCCGCGCAUAAUGCGCGACUUGGCCACUCUAUCGAUCAGCAUUGGCCCUUGGGAGUCCUACUACGCACACGACAAAACAUCAGCUUCGUGGAGUAAUCUUCCAUCAUCGUUGGAAAAAGCGCUGUUACAUCGCCUUGUCAGUCAAGAUUCAUGGAAAACCAUCUGGAAAGAAGAAGGAAGAGAAGCGCCCAGCUUCGUAAGUCUAGGCGCGGACGGGAGUUACUUUAUGCGCACGGUCAAAGGGGGCGGAAGUUGGGAUCUGAAGGGCAGAGAGAAGGAGGAGGGUCUCAGAGGGACCAAUGAUUUCCUGGAGAAAACUCCAGACUUUACUGGCGUUGCCGGCCUAUACCUCUUCCCCCAACACUCAGCAUCCUACAUCCUCCUCCUCACCUCGGGAAAAGCCUUCUCAAACCUCCCCGAGCACACCUGGGAAGACUACAACAAGAUGGCGCCCGCACUCCCUCCACUCAUCCAAACGCUGUCCCCCAUCCCAUGCGUGCCGCAAGCGCGUCCUACUUCGCAAACACGAAUGCCCCCGCCGCAGACACACCAACAAAUCCAACAGCAGCCGCAGCUCCAACCGCCGCAGGCGGCUGGCUGGGUGCCCAACCCCUCCGCCGGCCACCCCGCAGGUACGUACUUUCGCGGCCACCUUGUGCAACGGGCUGGCGCGGGACCGGUGCCGCCGCCUGUAACAUGGCCGUACAUCACGGGCCACGCGCCGCUGGGGGCAUUUGGCGCGACACAAUUCAGUAAUCCUUACGAUGCACAGGUGGGUACGUUCAGUAACUCGGAUGGGUCGGUUGGUGGGUACAACGCUUCGACUUCGGGCGGGGACGCUGGAGGUUCUAGUGGUGGUUCGACGGCCAUGAGCAACAGCUAGUCUGCGAGAACAGCACCCUUGAACAGUGUCGUACGCAGGCAUUCCGAGGCGUUGGGCGCAUUGGAAAGGAGUUUGCAAGUGGGCCGUAUAUCCUUAGUGGUACUUUUGCAGCGCAAGUUAAACAUUGAAUCUAAUCCUAUAUCGCGA